AUGACAUUGAUAAACUUGCCUCAGCCUCACCUCAAUGAAUCGAUACGGGAAGUCAAUAAAAGCUCCUGGCUAAUCUCAAACAAGCUUCUUCUUACUCGUUCGGCGUCACCACUCCCGGACAGAAUUCCAGCCGACCAAGCAUGCUGGAGCGACAGCAAUGAGGGCCAUUUCAUCCUCUCCACUGCGCCUGAGCCUCUUCCCGAUUCCAAACCCCUCGCAGAAGAUUCACUUUACAUUUCGAGAGUCCACGCAGUUGACAAUCAAGCGGCCGUUUGGCGAGCAGGCGAAGCCUUCAUCAAGGCGCAUCAGAUAGACUAUCCGCAUGUGACUAGAGAGCAUAUUACCUUGCAGUUUCUCAAAGACAGGCGGCCCCUGGGCUUUGGGUUUCCGGAAGUUUAUCAUCAUUUUGAGACUUCCUCGCGAAAUUUUCUCGUCGUCUCGAGAGUUCCCGGCCAGCUGCUUGAGGAAGCUUGGCCUAACAUGGACGAAACUCUUCGCCAGUAUUAUGUCGGCAAAGUAGCAGAUGUUUGCGAUCAGUUAGCGGCAUGGAAGGGCGAUAUCAUUAGUGGUGUGGACGGACACCAGCUAUUUGAGCGUUAUCUCGUCAAAGGCAACAGCAAGAUGACGGAUGCCCUUUCUCCACAGCAGCUUCUGAAGAAUUGUACCGAGAUGUCUAUGAACGUCUCUGACCUUGUCUUCUAUCAUUGCGAUCUUGGUCCUACGAAUCUUCUUGUCGAUACAUCAACAGGCUCGCUAGGUAUUAUCGAUUGGGAGCUUGCUGGCUACGUUCCUAUUGAAUGGAUUAGGACAAAAUUUCGACUCUCGGCAGGAAUGGAUUUCAACUACGGGGAUGAGGACUCCAAGAAGGACUGGCGCCGCAGGGUUGCUCAGCACCUGGAGAAGAUGGGCUACGGCGAUGCCGUGGAUGCAUGGUGGAAGUUUCAGGAUAGCUAG